GCUCUCGUUCCCUACCUCCUGUUUGUUCAUCGCAGCGUCCGCCGCGCCAUCCUGCACAUACUACAUAGUUACCUACAGUACUGUACUCGAUACUUCGUACACGCGCGCGGGGGGCCUGCCCAACCCAACCCACUCUUGUAGAUCGCCGCCACCCCCAUCUAACUAAACCACCGCCCCAAGGUCCGCCCGCCGACCAUGGCCCCGCGAAGCCUCGCGCGCCUGCCAUCCCUCCGCCGAUCGCCAUAUCCCACCAGCAGGCGCCUCGCAACCUGCUGUCCCCACUCCCAAUCACCCAUCUUGCCCAGCCAGCAGCGGGCCAGCAACGCAGCCUCCUCAUCCGCGCGCAGCACGGGCCGGCGCGCGCAAUCCACGUUCACGGCGGCGGCGGCGUUGGCGGCGGAGGAAGAGGAGGAGGAGGAGGAGGAGACGGCGCCAUUGUCCCCGCCCCCGCCCUCAUCGCGCUACGCAUCAACGCUGCCCAACCUGCGCCUGCACGCGGGCACGCGCGUCAUCUUCCAGAACUUCAAGGGCCGGCUCGCGACAGCCAACGCAGCCGAGUCGCUGGCCUGGGGCACUUGCGUCGUCGGCGGCGUGCACGCGGGCGCCGCGCCCGGCGACGAGCAUCUCGGGCUGCCGGUGCUGGGCAGCGUGCGCGAGGCCGUGGCCCUGCUGCAGCCGGACGCGACGGGCGUCUAUGUCGGCGCGGGGCAGGCUGCUAGGGCGAUUGAGGAGGCGGUCGAGGCCGAGGUCCCGCUUGUGGUUGCCGUCGCGGAACAUGUGCCUUUGCAUGACAUGCUGAGGAUCCACGCGAUCCUGUCCACGCAAACGCGCACCCGGCUCGUCGGCGCCAACGCACCGGGCAUCAUCUCGCCUCUCGCGCGGUGCCGCAUCGGCUUCCAGCCACUCAACUGCUACGCGCCGGGCAGCGUGGGCAUCGCAGCCAAGUCGGGGACGCUGAGCUACGAAGCGGCGGCGUCACUCACGCGCGCAGGCCUGGGCCAGAGCCUGUGCAUUGGCGUUGGCGGCGACGUCCUGCCCGGGACGGACUUUGUCGACGCGCUGAGCGUGUUUGAGGACGACGACGAGACGCAGGGCGUUGUGCUUGUGGGGGAGAUAGGCGGGCGCGCCGAGGAGGAGGCCGCCGCUUGGAUUAAGGCGUAUAGGAAGCGCUGUGUGCGGCCGAAACCGAUUGCUGCGCUCGUGGCUGGCCUCCAGGCGCCCCCCGGCCGUGUCAUGGGUCAUGCGGGCGCGUUUGUCGUCCCGGGGGAUAGGGGCGCCAGGAUUAAGUACCAAAAACUCCAGGAAGCGGGGGCGGUCAUGGUCGAUCAUCCUGAGAAGUUUGGGACUGUGAUGAAGCAACUGCUGGCAGAGAGUAACAGAAUUCGAAGCGCUCAUGGCAGUGGAGUAAUUGGGACGAGGAGUAACAGAAUUUGGAGCGCUCAUGGCAGUGAACUUCCCUCAUUCACCACCACCAAGUACCGUGGCUACCACACCACCACCACCAGACGUCCCACCGUUCCCUCCACAUCAUACGCCCCCAAGCCCGCCUCCCCCCAACGCCGCAGCUACAGCAUGUACCUCCCCGAGGACAGUGGCACCGCGCUCCUCGCCCAGCACGACAUGCAACUGAAGACGGUUCACGCCAUAACGCUAGGCAUAACCAUUGACCAGGCCUCGCGCAGCCCGGCCUUCUUCUUCUCCUUCACCUCGCCACCCUUCCCCAACUCCACCUUCCUCGUGCGCAUCGACGCCCUCACCGGCCCCGACGACGCCGCCACGCUCGAGCAAGCCGAAAACUGCCUCUACCGCGCAAGCACAGUACGGCAGGUGCGCGACCAGAAGGAAAGCUGGAACGAUGGCGUCCCGCCGCUCGUUCAGGUUCCCGAGGACUGGGCCGGCAGACUCCACGUCCGCGCCCUGCUGCUCAAGCUCUGGCGCGUCUUUGUGGACGCUGAGUGCGUAAGCAUCAGCCUGCGCGCUCGCGUGAACCCCGACCCCGCGGUCGAGAACCCGGUGAUGGAGCUGUGGCGGCCGGAAAUCAUGCUCGACGGCGGGGCUCUCAGUCGCGAGAAGCAGGUAGUAGGGGAGGCGCAGAGCGGGGACGCUAGCGAGACAGCAGCAGCAGCAGCAGCAGCAGCAGCGACUUCUGGCGCGGGCGGCGGAGAAGGCGGUAGUGCCAGCGAAGGCAGUGCGGUUGACGCGUUCGUGGCCGCGUACGAAGAGGCUGCCCGCCACGGCAUCGUGUACACUUUGCUUGGGGACGGCAAGGGCGACAGCGCCAGAUACAGCGUCGGCACGGUGGUGAACGGGGCCGGGCUGGCGAUGAACACGGUCGACGCGCUGGCGCAGCACAGCAGCGCCGAGGGCGGGCGCGCUGCCAACUUCCUGGAUACGGGCGGCAAGGCUACCCCUGAGACGGUGCUCCUGUCGUUCAAGCUCGUGCUCGCGGAUCCCCGCGUCAAGGUCAUAUUUGUGAAUAUUUUUGGCGGCCUGACCCUCUGCGAUAUGAUUGCGCAGGGGAUCUUGCUUGCUUUUCACGAGUUGAAGCUAAAGGAAAGAGGCAUUCCCGUUGUGGUGAGGUUGAGGGGCUCGAAUGAGGAGGAGGGCCUGCAGCUUAUUAGGGAAAGUGGCGUCGGCCUCCAAUUGAGCGAGGAAAGAGAAGACAUCAUGGGUUUUGUUAACUUGGUGAAGCCGGUGUCGACGCGGCCUGUAUCUGCGACGGUGCGCGCCGAGAAGGUCAAGGUGUGGGGGUUGUUGCCUAUGGGGCUUAUUGCUCUCGUCAAAAGCCAGCUCUCCCUCUCAUCAUGGCUCGCCGUCGGCGCGUGCUUGCAGACCCUGACCUAUGCGCUUCUGGGCCGCAUCGCCCUGGUCCCCGCCUUUCUGCUCCUCUUCUACCGCGUUGUUGACACAGCACUCAUCACCAAGGGCUCGCGCCCUAACCAUCUCAUGGACGGCGUUAUCAAGAAUAAAUUCGCCGCCCAUUUCCCGGAUGCGGCGGGUAACUACGGUGACAAGCCUGCUGACAGAGAGGUUGUCGUCUUCAUGAUCGGCGCGCGCUUCAACCACCCGCUCGGUAUUUUUAGUCCUGGAGGUAAAGAGUUGGGCGAAUUCACCACCAAGCUGCAUACUGAUGUUGAAGCGCGGGCCGAGGAGUAUGGUCUCCUAGGCCAGACCUCAUACACUGUGAGCGGCGAUCGCCCAUCGAAAAACGAGCUGAUGACGGUCAUGUACUUUGAAAGCACCGAGGGCCUGCACAAGUUCGCACACGACCCGCUACACCGCGAGGCCUGGAACUGGUGGAACACGCACCUGGCCAAGCUGGCGCACAUCAGCAUCUGGCACGAGGUGUACCGCUCCCCCGCCGGCCACUGGGAAGGCAUCUACGUUAACUCGCAUCCGCGCGGUCUGACCGCCACGACGGUCCCCAUUACGGUGCACGAUGGUGCUGAUGACCUCAAGACUGGCUCAGAGGUGUACGCCUAUCCGAUUGUCGAUGCUCGCCGCGGCCUCAUGAAGACCAGUGCGGGCCGUAUGUCGGCUUACGGGUCAGCUGCCAACGAGCACGACAAGUACAAUGACGAUCCGUAUGCGAAUUACGGAAGGCUGAGUCCGCAAUAAACAUUUUGUCGGGUAGAUAAGUUAUUUCCUGUACGAUGAGUUGUACGGUGCCGUUUUCUCUCCUAUCUUAUUAGAUUCUUGAUUCUCCUAUCGUUUUCAGUUGGGUUUGGUCGUGCGGUUAAUAGGGAAAUAUUGGGACAAUUAAAGGCGGAAAUCGCAUUUACAAAGG